AUGAACGGCACCGAGGGAAACAACUUCUACAUCCCCAUGUCCAACAGGACCGGGCUGGUCAGGAGUCCUUUUGAAUACCCACAGUACUACUUGGCGGAGCCAUGGCAAUUCAAGCUUCUUGCUUUCUACAUGUUUAUCCUUAUUUGUUUAGGCCUUCCCAUCAAUGGUCUUACAUUGCUGGUUACAGCUCAGCACAAGAAACUCCGGCAACCUCUUAACUUUAUCCUGGUCAACUUGUCUGUGGCUGGAACAAUUAUGGUUGUCUUUGGAUUCACCGUCACCUUCUACACCUCUUUGUUUGGCUACUUUGUUUUGGGACCAAUGGGCUGUGCAAUUGAAGGCUUCAUGGCAACCCUUGGAGGUCAGGUUUCUCUGUGGUCUCUUGUGGUCCUGGCCAUUGAGAGAUACAUUGUGGUCUGCAAGCCCAUGGGCAGCUUUAAGUUUGGGGCCAACCAUGCUUCGGCAGGCUGUGCGUUCACCUGGUUCAUGGCAAGCACUUGUGCAGUUCCCCCAUUGGUCGGCUGGUCAAGGUACAUUCCUGAGGGCAUGCAGUGCUCCUGUGGUCCUGACUACUACACCCUGAGCCCAGCCUACAACAAUGAGUCCUAUGUCCUGUACAUGUUCAGCUGCCACUUCUGUGUUCCAGUUGCCACAAUCUUCUUCACUUAUGGGAAUCUUGUGUGCACAGUCAAAGCGGCCGCAGCUUCCCAGCAGGACUCAGCAUCUACCCAGAAGGCUGAGAGGGAAGUGACACGUAUGUGUGUCCUGAUGGUCUUGGGCUUCCUGGUUGCCUGGACGCCCUAUGCCAGCUUUGCUGCGUGGAUCUUCUUCAACAAAGGUGCUGCCUUCUCAGCCACUGCAAUGGCUAUUCCAGCCUUCUUCUCAAAAAGUUCAGCCUUGUUCAAUCCUGUCAUCUAUGUGCUGAUGAAUAAACAGUUCCGUAACUGCAUGCUCACCACCUUAUUCUGUGGCAAGAACCCUCUUGGUGACGAGGAGUCAUCUCAGGUGUCAACAAGCAAGACAGAAGUGUCCUCUGUGGCUCCAGCAUAA